AUGUCUGCCGUGAACCGAACAGCCGACUCGGCAUCGGACACCGCGCAACGGUACCUCGUGCAGCCAACAAAGAAGAAGAUUAAACCCGCCGAUCUCAACCCCGAGCGACGGAUGCGCCGGCAAAACGAGGCUGAAAAGCCUGCUGCUGCCGCCUCCGGGACCAACCAGCAGCAGAAACUGUACAGCGAGUGGCCGCAGAGGAAGAGCCAUCCCGCGACUCCCGCUGCAAACGCGACCCCUGCGAACCACCAGCCGCACAGAAACGCCGGCACGUUUCCUAUCUUGAGGGCCUUCUCGUACGAGUCGUUGAUUAUUCUGGCCUUGUUUCUUUACUUGGUGUGGAGUGUGGCUGGUUGGCGCAGUACUGACGAUUCUUACUUUGCGUAA